AUGUGUGACGAGAACGAUCGUGAUACAAAGGAUAAUCGGACGAUGCUAUUAUUAACCAAGUCAAAUCUGGGCUUUCGCCCGCAAAAGGAGCUGAUUUACAAUAAAUUGCUACCUUACACGGACGAGCUUGAUGCCGAGUCACGAAUAUGGCUCACCGAGAUCAAGGCAAACCUGGGACGCGCGGUCAUGCUGCGCGAAUUAAAACCAGGUUGCAUCUACUGGGUGAACAUGUUAAAUGUGUAUAUAGAGCUAUAUGGAAUGAAGUUCAGUAAAGAAGAUCAUAUCGCAUUUGUGAAGUUGAUGUACGAGCUCAUUACCAUACCAAAUUUAAAUCUAGAACUAGUCAACAAAUUUGGCACUACGCUGGUCUUACUGCUCAAGAAAAAAGGAUUAAUUAGCCCUACUGAAUUAGAACUUCCAUGGAGACCUUUAUACGAUAUUAUGCAUCCAUUAAGAAAGAAUUCAGUAGGAAUCUACCGUUAUCCUUCAUGGUUGAAAAAUAUACUACAUUGUGUGAUUCGUUCUGUAAAGAAUUAUUUUCCCUUAAACGCCACGCAAGAAAUAUUAGAUGAACUAAGACCAACAUUCUGUCCUCUCGAUGGAUUGACAAUGUGUACAAGUCUCCAGACUUUAGAGUGUUUUCUACCAUUGCAACUACCCCCCGAGCAUCAUUCCAUCGGACAUCAGCUCUGGUUCGACGAGUUCAUGACUAUGUGGAAAGUGUGUCACAAUGGGCCGCAAUGGGAAAACGACAUGAUGUGGUUAAUGGCGAGAUUGGCAAAUUAUAACAUCGGCUAUAUCGACUGGGAACCACAUCUUCCCUUGAUGUUUACUAGAUUUAUAAGGUGCCUGAAUCUGCCAGUAACAUAUAAACAGACACAAAACAACAAGAACCAUAAAAUAGAUUCAGUACCAAUAGCAAUCUGGAUAGUAGCAGUUUUGGGAAACAACUCAAGCGCACAUAUGUACUUGGAAAAGUUUUUAAAGACUAUAGAGACGUAUUUUUAUCCAGCCAAUUUUGGACGAUGGAUGGGAAAGUUGAAGGAACUCCUUAUUAAACUUCCAUAUUAUUUCAUCUUACGCUUACACAAAGAAAGAUACGCUAAACAAACUUGGGAAACUCAAAUUCCUAACAAUUACAAAUUAACUGAUAGUGACGUUGAUGCCUUUGUUAAGAGUAUGGUGCCAGUAGCUAUGACAGCUAUGUUCAGUAAAUUUGGCGUAAACGAUGCCUGCUAUGCUUUACAAUAUCUUGCAACUAUGAGACCAAAUUUGGUAAUACCGGAUAUGUUAGAACGGAUGUAUUCCACAUUCGAUUCCGUGACCGAACCGCAUAAACUUACGGCCUCAAUGAUUUGUAUGGUAGCUGUCGCCAGGCCGAUGGUGCAAGGUUCUCGAAAUGUAAACAAAGAUUACACCUACCCAGAAGGACCAACACACGUACUGCCAUUGCUGUUCUCCUCUUUACCAGGGAUCGAUCCGAACGACGUUGGAAAAUGUUUCGCCACGUUCCGUUUUAUUUCCGUUUACACUACAUUGAUUCCGAUCGUGGAUUCCUCCAGAUCGACCGCUGAUAUGACCGAGGAGGACAGGAUUAUUUGCGAGGCGACGUCGCGCUUCGAGGACUUCGUACUGCAAUUUCUGGACAGAGUGUUCAUGUUUAUAGAUUCGAGCUCGUUGGAGAACGUGCGUCUCGAGAGCCGCGGUGGUGAUUUAAAGAGCAAAUUGGAGUCGAUCGCGGAGACGGCACUCGCCGGUGUAUGCACCACCCUUUUGAUGGAGACGAGCGAUGCGAUUUUUAAGAGCGCUCUUCACAAGCUACGCACGUACAUGACGGAGCGAAUCCUCGAGACCAAAGUCGCAGGCCAGCUGGCGGCAGUCGUGUGCAAGAGCUUCUCUCGUUUCAACGGACACGAUACUCUGCGUGCACUAGUACCCGUGCUUGCGCAAACAAUUUUAUCACUGAUCAACGACGGAGAGGACGUGCUGAAGGAAGAAAACUUGGAUCAUCGUAUUCUACACGCCAUGCUCAUAUUGUCUGCGGUUGUCGAUACGCCUGGCAACAACCUGUUACCGCAUCUGGACACGCUGUUGCAAGUCCUCGAUCACGUUUUGCUUAUGAGAUCGACAGAUGGAAACAAAUUGGCUUGCCAUUUGUUAAAGGGUAUCUUAUGCUCACUGUCGACUACCACUCCGUGCCAGUACACGUCCAACAAAAGAGACUACAACGAUUCUGACUAUCCUUACAUUAAAGACUGGGGUCAGAGUGUAGACAUCGAUAACUUCCACAUUAAGUGGUAUAUUCCUGGUGAAGAAGAGAUCGCCGCUAUACAACGAAUAUUGUCGAGAUACUUAACGACUCAUGUUGAUAAGCUCAAAGAAUAUUGCAAAGAUUCCAGUACGUUAACUAGGGAAGAACUGCUUGCAAAUCUGAAUAUCGUAUGCAGCAUCAUUAGAGGCGCCGAGUCUGUCCUACCAGUAUGGACAGAACCUCCCCUCGAAGUAAAAUCUUCCUUAGGGUGGAACACGCUUCCAAUGCUUAUAAAUGGAGUAAAGGAACAUGUUACGAUGCCUGAUGGAAGCAACGUUAGGCACUAUCUUGUCGGGGUUAUGAGUGAAGUCCAACGGGUGAUGCUUGAGAACGCGGAGGACAAUACGAAGAGUUUCUUUAUAUUAAUACUGAUAUGGGCCAGUUUGUUACUGGGAAAAAUACGAUUAUGCGUAUCGCACGAUGGACGACGUAAGAAUUUUCAAGUCGCUAAAAGAAUGUUCGAAGAUAAAUUAGUGGGAAACAAGAGCCGCAUGGGUCCAAUAAUAUUGGAGCGCUGUGAUAUUCAGCACGAACUUCGGUCACUUGCGCAACCGGUUGCUCUAACGGAAACUCAUAAACGAAUAAUUUUGGAAUUGUUCACGUUGGCCAUAAACAGAUAUGCGGACGUGCGUUCGAAAGCUCAAUCCAGCCUUUUCUCCGUCUUCAAAAAUUUCCCAUACUCCUAUACAUUUAUAAUUCCUCGUCUUAUCAAUAUUUUAGCUAAAGAUACUGAAAAGCAUCACGAUGCGUACAAGGGUAUACUCUACAUGUUGCUUGGACCACAACACGUUUCUAUUAUUACGGAAACAGAUUGGAGCAUAUUGAGAUCGUUGUGGCCGGCUAUCGUACUUUCCAAACCAUCCGAGAAACUCUCUGUAAUUCGACUGAAAGAGAACAUUGUAGAUACUAUAAACAAGUGCUUCUAUACGAAUACAAUCAAGCUUGAAAUACCGGACAAAUGCCUGACAGCUGCGCGCACAUUGUGGGAACACUUUCCGCAACCGGCGUUGCCACAGCCUAGCGAAAAUGAGAUAGAAAACGGAUUGCAGACUUCCAGGCAACUCAAUGAAUCUAAUUUGACCGCGUAUGUCGGGCUGCUUGACGAGCUCUUACGUUGCAUACUCGAGGAAUCGCUUCACUGGCGACACAAAUUAAUGGCGAUGAGCUUUAUACGAGACUUGGUCCAUCCGGAUCAAGUCUACUCUGCAAGAAUAGUGCGUUACUUCUUGGAAGCGCUUAUACACGAUUCCUUAGAGGAGAGAAAGAUCGCUAUUAGGAUAGUGGUAUUUAUGCUGAAACAACAAAAGCGAAAACACCCAAAGGUGACGAUUGAUAUACACAGCCUACCUAACAACAAGAACAUGUUAGACGAAGAGAAACAAUUGCGAGAUGUCAUACCCGGGAUAAGAGCUGAUAAUUCGUGGCUUCAGUACAAUUAUGAAACUCGUCCACUGACCGCUAAACAAUGGGAUGAAUCUAGAUAUGUUCACCAGCCAUAUGUAGGCUAUUACGCUUGGCCGAAAACUUUAAAAGUAUAUGCUCCUUCAUCCCAACAACCUUGUCUCGAUCCAACAGUGCGCAAGCUGACGGAUUGCGAGAGAGAGGUCGAUCUCUUCUUCAACGAUCCGCAGAAUAUAGAGAAGCUGAUAAGUUACUUUAGCUUGGAGGAGAAAAAGGGCAAGGACAAAUUCAACGCAUUUAGAUGCUUCUUAUUCAAGGGUCUUUUUCGCAAUCACGGAAUUGUCCACUUGAAACACUUUUUGCCACACUUGCAGAGACUCGUGGCGGACAAACAAGAGAGCAGCCAACGGUGCGCUGCGGAGAUUACGGCCGGGAUCAUCAGGGGCGCGAAACAUUGGCCGUUUCAAAUGACCUGCGAUUUGUGGCAGGCGUUGUUGCCCAUUGUAAGAACCGCGAUCGCGAACCUAACGGAAGAGACUAUCGUGGAUUGGGGUAUAUGCUUCGCGACGGCGCAGCAACGCCGAGAUCCAAAUAGGCAUCACUGGUUGCUGGAGUGCCUAAUGGAGGAGCCGCCCUCCAAAGAUUCAGAAUCCUCGUUCGUCGAGUGUGGCCGAUUAUACGUGUUGCAAGGCGCCUUGAACCAGCAGUCGUGGCGAGUCACGGAAUUGCUGCAACGUUUACUGGUACGCCUCGAGGACAGAUUAUUGACGAAUCCGUUUCAGAAUGUAAGAGAGCGCCUGGGAUCGGUAUUAGUCACCGUGUUUGACGCCGAUCUCAGAUUUCCACGCAGUUCGCCCGAUACCGCCACUCCGCGAAUGCGGGCUCUUGUCGAUAAGGUUGUACCGUUAUUGGAGCAACUUAUAGUGGAUGAUGAUGCGACUAAGAUGCAACUAAAUGUAGCUAAAAUAAGUCUGGAUAAAGAGCAAGGCUCACCGGAAAAGGCGACUAACGCUCCACUUCAUGACGAACUUGAGGAAGUAUCAAAGACAGAAGAAAAAGAAGUGCCUAAGAGGUUGCUCAAAACUGUUUGCAAGUGGAUCAUAGGUAGUCUGUCUCGCUCACAGUACGCUGCAACGGCAGCAUUUUACCAAGUAUUCCCGAUCAUAUGUCAAUUAGAGAGUUCAAUUAGAGAAGCGGAUGAGGAGCUGAAUAAAUCGUGUUUGUGCACUUUGGCGACUCUUGCGCAAGCGUUCACGGUGCCGGAAGACAUGCCAGUGGCGUUGACCGCGGUGAAAAGGAUGUCGGAACAUUCGUCGUGGUCCGCGAAAUUCACUAGCCUUGAGUUCCUUCAAGUAUUAGUCUUUCACAAUAUGGGCAUAUUUCUCAGUAACGUCUCGUGGAUCGAUUGCGUGAAAAACGUUGUUCUGUGCUUACUAGAGGACGACCGUCUGGAAGUUAGGGAGAAAGCUAGCCAAGUACUCGGUGGAUUGUUGCAUUGCAGAUUUAUCACGAACCAAGAAAAAUUAUUAGAGGAAUUCAAGAGGAAGGCGAGAACGCGAUUAUACAAGAAGAAUAGCUCCAGUGACGAGAAAACUUCGAGAAACAUGAAGCUCGAUGCGAUACGUUUAUGUCACGCCGGUGUACUCGGACUGUGUGCUUUCAUACGUGCUCACCCGUACGAUGUGCCUAAAUACGUGCCUCCGAUCUUCGAGCAUCUCGGUCUUCACAUGAACGAUCCGCAACCGAUACCAAUGACAAUAAGAAAGACUCUGAGCGAUUUCAAACGGACGCAUUACGAUGGCUGGACCGGUAUGAAUGGUCAUGCACAGCACUUCACGGAAGAACAGUUAGCCGUCUUGCAGGAUUUAACGGUUCCGCCAAACCAUUACGCUUGAUCGGGAAUUAAAUUUUAUGGUAAACAAAAUAAUUGUUGCAAUACUAUGAAUACUAUAUGUUCGAAUGCACAGUAUCUAAAAAUACUGUAUAUUCGCAAGUACUGUAUAUCGCAAAUAUCGCGAAGCAGUAUUAUAUACAAUUAUAACUGUGUAUGAUAUUGUGUAUCAUACUGCAUAAUUAAUAUAGUUAUAAUAUUAAUUGUAAUAAAAAUUAUGUUCAAUAAGAAUGCAGUGUGCUCAUUAAAAAUGGAAUGAUGCUCGAGCCAUCAUUCAAUUUUUAUAAAAACUCUGCACAUAAUACACACAGAGAAAUGAGAAAAUAUUACACAAUUAAAUUUAAAAUCAUAACAUUUGCUACGUAUUUGUCAAUAUUAUCAUUAUUGUUGAUUAUAGAAAUUUGUCAUUUUAAUUACAAAUAUAUAAAACAACCAGCAUUCAAUAAAGUGCAGAACUAAGAUUUAUGGAUAUAGGAUAAUUCAAGUUUUAUAUAGAACUUUAAUACAGAUAUUAAAUGGAAGAAAUUAAUUUUGGUAAAUAUAUAACUUGAGUUUUU